UAACAGAAAAGCAGCAGUUCUUUAAGGUGUAGGUGUGCUGGUUGGAGAGACUGUGGAAAACAUUUGGGACAUUAGCUUGAAAGGUUUUUGAAAAGUUUUUAAAGAAAACUGUUUGUUUUUUAGUGCAGACACAUUCUUUGAUUGCAGCAUUGUCUACACACUUAAUAACUGAGUAUCACAGAUCCAUCACGACCAUUUAACAGUGGGGUUGAGAACCUUUGUCUCUUUCCAAACAUUCACCUGAAAAUUACUCAUCAGAUGUCAGAUAUCCCACUUAUUGAGGCUUGUGAGAGCUUACACACACAAGGUUUCGCAUCUGUGUGGGUUAUCUUUGUGUUUCCUUAUUCAAGCGGUCCUUCUUUUCUAUCUGCAUCAGCUAUUGCUGAUAUGUCUUUUUCAUCUAGUGAAGGAGCAGUCAUAUUUCUCUUGAGUAGCACCUCUACUCCGUCAGAAUACCAAUAAGUCUUACGUUAGGCCUGAAAUCAAUACGAUCCAUUCCAAAUCUGUAUUUAUUCCUCUCUCAGAUUGUCUCUCAACCUGAAAAGCUCUGCGGUGCUGUAGGACAGAGAGGAGGCUUGGUGAAGGAGGGAGGACGUGAGGGGAAUGUGAGGGCGGUCGGACUUGCAGAUCAAGUGUUCUGCUGGUUGGUGGAAUUUGUGGUUCUAGAUUUGGAUGAGAGGUCGCCUCGGGACAGAGAAAGACAGGGAAACGUAUUCAAUUCUCAUGAUGUAAUUCGCUUGGAUCACCGCAGUGUUUACCUGAAGUGAGAGCAUCCCUUUUGGCGUGCUUCGCUAUGCAUCCUGUUGUUCAGCUUUGUGUAACUUUCUACUUUUUUUUUUGUUGAGGGGUGGGUUGGAUUGUAUGCCAUUUAAACAUCAGCACAUGGUUUGAGAAACGUGUCUGAUCUCGGUGACGUCAGCAGGGUCCCAACAAGACCAGGAAAGACUCCCUCCCUUUUUUUUUUCCGGUCGAAGGAGUGAUGUCAUCUCAGGGAGAGCGUGAGGUUGGCUGAGGCUUUAUCGAGCUUGACGUUUCAACACCAAGACAACCAGACGUAUGACCACAUGCACCAGUCAGUGCAAGGACACAGACCAGGAAAAGUGAGCGCCAAAUAACAUGGGAACACGUCUGUGACUUGUUAUAAACCCCCUGAGAGGGAAAAGGAGUGUGAGGCAAAGGGAACACAGAGAGCCAGAGAUGCAGAUAGAAACCUAGAGGGGGAAGAGGGACAGCAUGAGUGUGCAUGCUGAUGGGGAUAGGAACGUGUGGAGUUACAGAGCUGCAGAAUCCUGAAUCCAGCAGAUGGAGACUCCGUGUCCUUGUUUUGCGGUGAUCUGUGGGAGCAACAUGCAGCUCGAGCCGCUGCCUCGCACUGCUGCAGUGGAGGAGUAAAUGCGGAGCCCAACACUGCUCCAGGUGAUCCACAGCAGCCCAGCCCGGCAGACUGCUCCCUCCUUAGCCUUCCCCCCUCCUCCUCCUCCUCCUCCUCCUCCUCUUCCUCCUCCUUCUCCUCCUCCUCCUCCUCCUCCUCCUCUUCCUCCUCCACCACCUCCUCCUCUUCCUCCUCUGUCAGUGCUCCAUUCCUCUGAGGGCUUUGAAAAAAAGAACAAGAAAGGAACAGAAAAACGGAGGAGAAAUCCUGCUUUCCCCCUCCGUUCUCAGAUGUGAAACACCUCUGCAUGACUGUCCACCGCUUCCCUGUCAUCGUGUGAAGACACGCCGCAUAUGUGCUCCAAUGUCUCCGGAACAUAGACUCGCUGCAAGACCAGAAGUUUUCACCUUGGUCCCCGUCUCAAAAGUUCAAUGAAGGCAGACGCCUCCCUCCAGCCAGGAACAUGAAGGGCUUAUCGGGCAGCCGCUCCCAGCACCAGAUCCCUUUACCCUAUGGCUUGGACUAUGACCCCCACGUCCAUGACCCCCACGCUCACCAUGGCUCUGACUCCCGCCACUCGUCCUACCUGCUCAGCCCCACAGAGAGCUGCCCCAUGGACUUCCACCAUCGCUACUCGCCGCGCAGCUCCAUCCACUCUGACUGCAUGAUGAUGUCCCCUGUCAUGAUGCCCCCAGCUGCUGCUUCUGAGCACAUUUCAAGCAGCACCUUCCCCAGAAUGCACUACAGUUCUCAGUAUUAUGACUCAGCCACACGGGAUGACUGCGCUGCCAUCACAGCCUCUGCCACCUCCCCAGCCGUUGCUGCUGCCGCAGCUGCGGCAGCUGCCUCUUCCCACCUCACCGGCACCAAGAGCAACCGCCUUCCUGCUAACCUACUAGACCAGUUUGAGAAACAACUGCCACUACACCGCGAUGGCUUCCAUACGUUACAGUACCAGCGCACCUCCACCACCACUGAGCAACGCAGCGAGAGUCCUGGCCGCAUCAGACACCUUGUUCAUUCUGUCCAGAAGCUCUUCACCAAGUCCCACUCCCUAGAGGGAUCAUCCAAGAUGAACGGCACAAAAGGUGAUAUGAUGGGAGGUGGAGGAGGAGCAGGUUAUCACCAUCAUGGCCACCACUCCACCAAACAUGGUAGCAAGAGAAGCAAGAGCAAAGAGCGCAAGCACCGCUCUGGCGGCUGGUGGAGCUCCGAUGACAACCUGGACAGUGACAGCACCUACCGCACACCCAGUGUCAUGUCACGGCACCACGGGGAACAUGUCAGCCACUGCUACCCAGAUUCCAUGCACAGCCACCACUUUGGAGACCUGUCACUUAAGACCUCUAAGAGUAACAAUGAUGUCAAGUGCUCGGCCUGUGAGAGCAUGGCCAUGGCGCCUGAGGGCAAAUUCAUGAAGAGGAGCUCCUGGUCGACACUGACAGUCAGCCAGGCCAAGGAGGCCUAUAGGAAGUCAUCGCUUAAUCUAGAAAAACCCAUGAUGCACACAGACCUCAAGCCUUCAUCGCGGACAUGUCACUACCUGCAGGUGCCCCAAGAUGAGUGGAGUGGAUAUCCAGGAGAGAAGGAUGAAGAGAUUCCAUGUCGCCGGAUGCGCAGCAGUAGCUAUGUCAAAGCUAUGGGAGAGGUGGAUGAUGAAAGUGGUGACUCUGACACCAGCCCUAAAACCUCCCCACAGAAGGCCAUUCGGCCUGAUGCUCUCGUCCUUAAAUCAGCCAUGCAGAGACCCCAUUUCGACUCCCAAAGCCAGGGCUACCACUUGCAAACCACAAGAGAUAUGCGGCCCCACCCUAGUGUCACGCUGGACCCUGCCGCCUUUCAUCCCCCGCCCUUCCGCUCUCGCAACCAGAGCUACAUGCGCGCUGUCAGCACCCUCAGUCAGGCUAGCUGCGUCAGCCAGGUGAGUGAGACUGAGAUCAAUGGCCAGUUUGAGUCAGUUUGCGAGUCCGUUUUUAGUGAAGUAGAAUCCCAGGCCAUGGAGGCCUUGGACCUGCCUGGUUCGUUCCGCACUCGAAGCCACAGUUACCUCCGUGCUAUUCAGGCUGGUUAUUCCCAAGAUGACGACUGCUUGCCUUCAAUGACAUCCUCCACUGUCACUUCAACUCUCAGAUCCACAACAGGCGCCCGUAGCUUAGCUGGGGGGCGUAGAGAGUACGGUAGGUCUGGGAUUCAGUUUCGUCUCCCUACUUCUUGCAGUGUGGACCGCGCUCAACCACCUCCAGCGGUUUCAUAUCCUCCCAGUUACAAGAAGACUCCACCUCCUGUGCCCCCGCGCACCACCACCAAGCCUCUUAUCUCUGUAACAGCCCAGAGCAGUACAGAGUCCACCCAAGAUGCCUACCACGAGGGCAGGCAUCCACGGGGCGGUCUGUGGACCACGGAUAGCCUUGGUCGUCCCAUCUACAGCUCCACGGACAGCCUGGACAGCACCAAGGCGGUCACAAUGGCCAUGGAGUCAGCAGCAGGCAAGAGGCAUGCAUCUUUGGGCAGCCACACCUCCGUCCAGACAUGUGACAAAGCAGUGCUGGUGUCCAAGGCCGAGGAGUACCUCAAAACCCCACGUUCCUCUAUUGGGAUACAGGUGGAAACUGUGACAGACUCUGAGACUGAAAGUAAAGGCCUUCCUCAGUUUCAUUCAAUAGGGAUUCAGGUGGAAGAUCAAAAACGACAUGGGAGAUUCAAACGUUCCAACAGUGUGACCACUGCAGUACAAGCAGACAUGGAGUUGGAGGGCUUUCCCUCGAUGGAGGACAAGGGCCUGCAGUUUGGUGGUGGAUUUGGUCGCCACUCAGAGCCCAGCACGCCCACGCAGUAUGGGGCCAUCCGUACGGUACGCACACAGGGCCUAUUCAGUUACAGGGAGGACUACCGGCCUUCCAGUGGGCCCCCCAGCCCACAGCCUGAACCCUGGCUGGUUCAACCCAGUCUGGAGAGUGCCGAAACGGGCCGAGUGUCCCCCCUUCGCAGGGACGGCAGCUGGUUUAUGCAGCUCCUUCACAAUGAAACCAAGCGGCUGGAGGGAUGGUGCAAAGAGAUGGAGAGAGAAGCAGAGGAGCAUGACCUCUCAGAGGAGAGUGAGUGUCCUGAGGGAAACUACAUUCUUGCCAAAGCAGUCCUAGGAAAAAUCCGGAGUGCAGUGGGAAGUGCUCAGCUACUAAUGUCUCAAAAAUUUCAGCAGUUUUACUGGCUAUGUCAGCAGAAUCUGGACCCCAGUGCCAUGCCCAGACCCACAUCUCAGGACCUGGCUGGAUUCUGGGACCUCUUGCAGCUUUCCAUCGAUGACGUCACUGCCAAGUUUGAUGAGCUGCAGCAGAUCAAGAGCAACCAGUGGCAGCUGGUGGAGAGCCCAGAGAAGAAGGAGCGUAAGUGGCCACCACCUCUGCCAAAGCGGCCGACCAAGGGACGUGGCGGUAUGACGCGAGAGCGCUCUCUGGACCUUCAGGACCGCCAGCGACAGGAAGCCCGCAGACGCCUCAUGGCUGCCAAACGAGCAGCUUCUUUCAGACAGAACUCAGCCACAGAGAGGGCAGACAGCAUCGAGAUCUACAUCCCUGAAGCCCAGACACGGCUUUGAGGUCCAUGGAUUCAUCCUCAGCUCCUCUUGUCCAACUCCACCCAACACCAGCUCGUGGCGUCACCUCCAGCCUCCUCCCGCUGUCAUCAUCUGUCACACAUUGCUCGUCCACUGUCUCAUUAUCUGUUGCCAUUCUCUGGGUUGUCCCUACUGAAGCUACACUAGGCAAGAUUUCAAUGGGGAACGCAUCCUUAAAUGACAAUGUGGCACUGCCAUAGGGAAGAACGCCCAAUCUUCCCUGAGCGAGAAAUCAGUUGAGUCAGAUGAGUCAGGUGUGGAUGGUCGUGUUCCUCCAGAAAGUAAUAAAUAAAACAUUAAAAAUGGAUCCCAAAACUGAGAAAACUGGACACACCAGCGUUAGACCUUUUGCCUCUUUGUCCUUUUGGUGUUUUUUGGUUAGAAUAGAAGACAGGCCAGCUGGAUUGGUAAACAUGAGCCACUAAUAUGUGAAGUUGCCUAGUGUAGCUUUGAAAAAACCCACCAGGGACUCGUUUCCACAGGUUCUGCACCAUGAGAAUGAGCUGCUAUACCCCAGAACAAACAUUUCACCUGUAUUUAUUUAAGUGACAUUAAUUCAAGUUAGUGAUUUAAUUGGUCAUUGCCACUAUUGUUAAAACUCCAGUCCUCUCCAUUGCCGCCAUUGCCCUGCUGUGAGUAAGGGUGAUGCUGUACUUGCCGCAUUCAAAGGGAAACACAAAGUGCAACUUUUCUAGCGUUUCUCACCAGCAACAGUGGUCUUGGGCUAAAGCACCCUGUGUGAAGGAACGGCAGCAGCAGAGACUGAAUUCCCACUGUCUUACAAAGGUGAAAAAGCCUUUAGAAAAUCUCUAAAUUAUUGUCUUUUGAAGAGGUUCAAACUUCACACCCAGCCUUUUCUACGGAAGUGGGUAAAACCUGGUAGCUUGGUUGAUCAAUUUUUUUCUUCAUUUCCUGCCAAUCUGUGGUGAAACAGUCAAACUUAGAACGGUAUUAAAAACUUUGGACAGCAUGUCUGAGGUGCUGCACAACUGUACAUCUUUCUAGCUUUGUCUCAUCUAUCCAUCUUUAACCAGGCAUGCUGCAGCCACUGACCAGUGUUGCUGAAUGAGAUCUAAAAAUAAGGCUCAAAAUCCUAGACCAUCAUUUCAGCAUUUAUUCAUUUCCAUUCAUGUAAUACCAUCCCCUCCUAGGACUAGACAUUUUUAAGCUAUGUACGUUAUUUGCUGCUGGAUACAUUUCCAUUGCAGAACAAAUAUGAAUUAUUAACAAAAAGAAAGUUUUGCGCAGCCUGAAAGAGGUGACUGUAUUAAACAAUGCAUUUUGCACCUUAUAAUAUUCAUGUUUGUAUUUCCAAGGGAAAUGUUGUUUAUGAAGCUCAUGUGAUAUUGUUGCAGUUGAAUUGCAAGGACAGAUAUGGAACUACAGAAUUUCAUCUAUAAUCUAUAGGUCAUAUAAACUGCACCUUGUGUUGUUUUGUUUUCAUUUCUUUCUGAUGGCAUUCAGGCCUCUCGUAAUUACAAUAUUGUGAUUCUAACACUUUUAAUUAUACGUACAGUAUCUAUCAUAUGACCAACAUCACAAUCUACAGUAUACAUUUAGUAUUUAUAGUUAAAACAGUUGUGGGUUGAUUUGACAGUGCAUUUGUCUUGCUUAUUAAGGGGUGUUUCUCAGCCAACAGAAACCAUAUCUCAUAACACACUGCAUCCAACUUUCUGUUCCAAGUGGGGCAUAAUGAAAACACUCCUGUUGUUAUUUUGAUCUGCUCAUGUAGUCUAGGAAAGACAGGUGCAAAUGACACUUUAACAAUAUUCAGUUACUAUAGUAAAUGGUGCUGCUUUUUACUCUAAAACUGUUGUCCUUUACCCAGUCCUAUGUGCACGCACACACACACUCAAGGACUUUUUAAACAGAGAUUUAUUAACAUGGUGCCCGUUGUCUCUCCGAUGACUUGUGGUAGAUUGUGACUUUAGAAAAGAUCAUCUUUGCAAUGCUCUUGCCCUCAGUGAUGUAAAUGAGGAGAAGGUUUUAUGGUUUAACUUCCUUUCUAACAUGCAAAGAGGUCAGGGAUAUAUAUUUAUCAGAUGGGAGAGAUUACAGGCUUUGACAUUCCACCAAACUUAAAAUCGUAAAAAUCUAAUAUGCCCACCCUGAGCCAAGGGCAUACCGCUAUAGCUAGCUGAACAUGCUGUAUUGUACCUGUCCAUAUUUUAUACCACACCGAAAACGUUUCCAUAACAUUUUGCAAUACACGCCCAUUCAUCCUCAUUCGCCAAUCUAACCCCAGCUAAUUAAAACAAAUGUUGAUACAGGGCCACUAGAAUUAUGCUGCAGUACAGUGUUUAAUGUUUCCCAUUUUAUUGUAAUUAGAAUGACACUCAGUAGGCGAGAGCAGUCCGUGUGCUGUAAAUACUUGUGUGAGGCAGUGAGUCGUACUUGUUGGGAAGGAUUAUGACGGGGGUUUAUUUUGCUUGCGUUGAGGCAUUUUGCAUUUUUCUGACCUGAAGCUGAAGUAUUUUACUUUGUGACGUGUGUACAUCAGUGCUAAAUCUGAAACCCUUACCUUACCAGACGGCCUUAACCAAACCACUCAUGAAUGUAGAGCCCCUAACGAUGCAAAAAAAAAAAAAAAAAACAUCCCAGGAGAUGAGCAGGUGCUGAAAAAUCCAACUAAACUGGGCUGGAGAGACGUCACUCCCAAACUCAAUUCAGCUUCUUUCUUUUUUUAUCCUGAUUUAUCAGAUUGGUUUUAUGAUGAAAUAUGACAUGACACACAAAUAAUAGAAGAAGAUAUGCCAGCUCACCGAAGGCAAUACAUUAUUUCACAUUUCAAACAAAAGCAUUCACACACUAACAUUUAUUGCUCAGAAUAGAUUUACUCGUUUCAAUGCAAAAAAUCUGAGUCCGUUCAUGCAGGUUCCAAGCAAUGAUACAAUACAUUGGUUAAAAUAAAACAAAACAGGCAUUGCUGGCCUUGUAAUUCAAAAACAGAUAAAAGAAAUGGCUAUGUGAACAUCCUCAUGCAGUAAAUAAUCUAUGAACCAUAUUUUUGUUAACACAGAGAGUUCUAUAUGUAGACUGUAAGAAUUAGUAUAUUUAUCAUAUAUAUAAAUAUAUAUAUAUAUAUGUAUAUGCACCAAUAAACCAAAUUCAAAUCGAUUUAACUUUUGUUUAUUUAAAUGUGUAUCUAUAUACUGUAUAUAUACUGUGCCCCUGUACAGACUAAAGGACUAAAGAAUAAUUUUCUUGUCAAAGUACAUUAUAGAAUUACAGAAACUGAUAAGAUGACAAGGGCUCACUUUUAAGAUCAAUGAAUACUCUAAUUUAUUUUAAAAUACAGUAUCUUCUUCCAUGAAGGGGCUUUACCUCCAACAUUAAUACAGUAUUCAUGUUGUGUUUCAAAGAAAACGGAUCCGACAGAUUGUGGCUGAUUCCAUUUAAUUACCCACUUUAAACCGGAACCAAAAUCAUUUUAAGUCAUCUCUGCAUAAUUAGCCUCUUCGAAUUCACUCCAACGAACAGAUUGGCAAUUCAUUUUCUAUGAAUUGCCAUGCUUAAAUAUUUUCUAUUUCAGUCUAUUUUUAAUAUUAUAUAAUUACGUAACCAAGGAUGCCCACUUUUUAUAUUACAGUUUGGUGUAGAGAUAGUUAGUGGCACAGAGUCCCGUUUUUCUUUCUUUAUUCUCCAGCACAUCUUUCCAACACAUUCUGUACUUUUUCUACAACACAGACGUUACCUACAAACUUUCUCUUGGUCUGCUGGUUAAACUAGUCACGCUAGAAAUCUUCUUAGGAUACCUGUGACUAGGAGGGAGUUUAUGACUAUCAAUAUUUAACUAAGGAAUAAUAAUUUCUGUUUUUAUAUCUAUUCUGCCCAUAUAAUCUGAAAGAGGAACACUACUUAUGUGAAAGGCUAAGAGAGGACUGAUAAAAAAUAAAAGUUUCUAAGUCUAAUCUAGCUUAACAGCUGGCUUUACUGACCACUGAUACUAUAGUGUAAGCACUGUGGUAGUCAUGUUAACCAGAAGUAUUAAGUAGAAGUAUAUUGAUUUUGGUUCUCACUGUUUAACACUUAGUGCCAUUAGGUUUGGUGGAUGAGAACACACGUCUGUUUUUGUUUGCCAUCUUUUAUCUCCCUUCUAAGUCUAUAAAUAUCUGCAUCUUCAUCAUAUCAGCUCCUCUUUAAAGCUAGAUGGAGAAUACUGUUAGCUUUGAAAAUAUUAAAAUCCUCAUUUAUUUCACUGGUUCCUCUCUACGUUUUUGCCCUCAGUGGGACUAACAACAACCUCUCUGAAUUAUGACAACAGUUGAUGGGGCUACUUUAACAAUCCAACUGCUCUUCCACCUGACUGAAAGUCAUGCAAAUCAAGUCUACUUCUUCCCACAGACUGCAAACUGUGAUUCCAUCAUGCGUAGUACUUGAUGAUCUGGUACUCAUCAUCAUCAAUCCAGGCUUUCCUUUAAAAGAUAAAACCACCUUUUCAAACAGAGACUUUUGUGUUUUUGUAGCUGUAACAUUUCUGUUCCUAAGAAUUUCCUUGGAGGUUGUUUAAAGGUCCAGUGUGUAACAUUUAAGAGAAAGAAAUGGAAUAUAACAUUCAGUGGUAUGUUUUUGUUAGUGUUUAAUCACCUGAAAAUAGGAAUCGUUGUGUUUUUCCGUUACCUUAGACUGAGACAUUUUUUUUGUACAGACGCUGCGGGUCACAUUCUGUGGAGUCCGCCAUGUUGAACCACCAUGUUUCUACAGUAGCAGACAACACGUUUUUUUGCGAGUUUGCAGCCACCGUAGUCUCUUGUACACACUUCACAGCCCAUUCUCAUUCCCAAGUUGUCAGAUACAGACGUGAGUGGUGUUCAGUUAGUUGCAAUCUGAAACUAAAUCCUACACACUGGUCCUUUAAAUUGAUUUUCCAACCACUAGGGAUGGGCUAAAUGUAUCGCUAAUAGGUAAUGACGUCGGUUUGGCACAUAAAAAUGACCUUUUCUGCUUUGUCACCUUGUCGUGCGCUACCAUUUAAGUGGGAGAGAGUGAAAGGGACAGAAGAGGGAUGAGGAUUAACAGGAACCAGACUCACAACCUCACCGUCGCUGGCUUGAAUGAAAAAUGAUGUCACUUCAGCUGUUUUUGCACCAAUCAUCUAUCAGUAAGACUGAUAUCAGACACAAAGAUGUCCUCAAAAGUCACAGGGACACCAGCUGCUGCGAGUGAUGUACACUAUUACAGUAUGUGUGACAUGAAAUACACAUGAUGACAGAAUUAUAGACACCAAGCAAAUGUGUUUUUGUGAUAUCAUGCGGGGCUAUUCUAUAAUCAUGGUACCAUUUUCUUGUUGUUGUAUAUUUUAGGAUUACUCCUCAUUAGCAACUCUAAUGAAACGCCUAAAUAUUUUUUCUUUUCUGCAUCUGUGUCUCAUAUUUUUACCCACCAUGCUACGAGGGGCUUAGGAGUUUGGCGAUUAUGUACAUGACAAAUCCUCAGGUGCCUUACAGUUUGAUUCUCAUAGGACUCUGUGAGUGAAUGUUUUUGGGUCGAGAUACGUGAAAAGGACUGCAACACCUCUUAAAGUGCAGGUUUGUCCGUAAUACCAUUACAAAGGGCUGGAAACUGGGCUGGGUCGGACUGCAGAAUUUAAAAGUAACUUACAUUUAUAUUUGACUGAUCCAAACUGUAAUAAACUUCAGCACAAUACAGUCUAGAGGAUAUCAAAGGAGGAUUUGCUAACAUUUGUUUUCCUCUUUUUGGUUCAGAUCACAUAGAUGUUCUGCCAUGAUUCACCAUGAUGCGGUUACAUUUUUAGAAUUGAAUUUAUGUGAUAUGACAGCGCAUAAAGCUCCAUUAAAAACAAAAGUGAACUGCAGAAAAUCCGUGGAUUUCUGUGAGUGGAUAUGACGGUGUAAAUUGGAGUGCACGUCACAUCCAUUUCAGCAAAUCAUAAAAAGAUCAUUUAUUUAAAGGUCUUUAUCUAUUUCUCCUCCUAGCUGUGAUAUUUUAAUCUUGUGAUGUUUUUUCUGCCAGUUUUCUGGCAUUCUACAUCUACAGAAUCUGGAGACUGACAAAACUUGACCAGCCAAAAAGUGCAAUAGUGUUUUUCAUACAACGACAGGCAGGCUCACCUACAGCUAUUUACCUCACGGUUAAGCGUUUUUAGCAAACAUGGUAUAUUAGGAGUAGUUGUAAUCUCCACAGGAACACUUUGUCAUGCCUGUGUACUAUGCAGAAGUACUUCUGUGGGGCAGCAGAGCUUGCAGGCCCCGGUGCAGACCACCUUUCAUUUACAGAGCACUGAAAGCACGCUGUCCAUUGUGCUAUAUACUACAGGAGCAAAAACGUGUGCUGUCAUUGUCAUCCAGCGCUCAAUCCUACACAGCUCAUCCAUGAUUGCUUAGUUACGAUUUACUUUAUGCUAAUAUAAAAGAUAAAAAAUCUAGUGUGAAGAAAAAGUCAGCUUACUUCACACACACACACACACACACACACACACACACACACACAGACACACACACACGGUUGUGAUAAGUUCCUUUGACAGGGUCACUUUUCCCUGUUAAAUCACUACUCAUCUGUUUAUGCUUUGUACAACACAGUUUGCAGCACCAUAUUUUAGACACAUUGUUUACUAGUUGUCCUGAAGAUAAACCUCAGAGAAGUCUGUACAGGUGCUGAAUCAACCAACUUCUCUCCUUGUACUUUUCCUAAAUUAGCUUUUUUCUUUUUUUUUUCUUUUUUGGUGUUUUGUUUAUUCUGACAAUCAGCACACACCAAAAGCAUCAAAUGCACACACACUCCACACACACACACACACACACACACACACACACACACACACACACACACACACACACACACACACACACACACUACAACAGCAGUGUCAUAUUUCAUCCUCAAGAUAGAGCCCUGAGUUUCCCUUAAACCGUAUCUUGAGGAUCUCUUUACAGUCUUUUCAAGUGAGAGUCCAUCAGAUUUUCAUUGAAAGCUUUUCUCCUUGUUUCUGAUACAGUUGCACUGCAAAGAUGUCUUUCUAUUGCUUGCUCUCUCUUCUCAUAAAUCAUGUUUAUUCACUUUCGAUGGCAUAAACCAGUUUUGUCACCAGACAAAUGGCAGUCAAGUGAGUAAUUAUGGACAAUAUCUGAUGUCAUGCUUGCGUUAAUACUGGGCUGUAUGAGAGCGUAUCUGCUCCUCAAGCAAUAAGCCUGAUUUCGAUUUUUAGUUUGGCUUUUCAUCCUGAGUUUUAGACUUCUGACAAACUUAAAUCAGAGGGGUGUUUCAGUACAGUUUAUGUGGUUGAUGAGCUGCUUAGAGAAACAGUUUGACAUUUUUUGUGAAAUAUGCACAUUUGCAUAUUUAGAUAAGUCGAUCUGUCAUAUCUUAUUAUUGAAUAUGAAGCUGCCGACCAGCUUACCUUAGCAAAAAAAAACUGAAAACAGUGGGAAACAGCUAAAACAGCUUGGCUCCGUCCAAAGGCAGCAACAUCUGCCUAAAAUCAUCUAUUUCUUAUUUGUUCAGUCCUUAAAAAGGAAAAAAAACUGAAGUGUAAAAUUAGAAACAGUAGAUCUGGAUAAGCUAAACUAAAGUUCAAUAAUUAACAUGUUAUAUACAUUUGUUUAAUCUGUACAGUGUAAAAACGGUUGUGGUUUUAAGGGGGUUAUAAUGAUCUAUUUCUUGGCCAGAAAUGGGGAUGAGCUGUUUCCUGUUGUCUAUAAGAGAUGGUUAGCUUAGCUUCGCCAUACAGACUGAAAACAGGUGAAACAACUCGUCCGUAACAAAGAAAUAGACCAGCAUAAAACUACAAAUUCUCUUCUCUUGUGUGGAAUAAACAAAAAAUAAGUUACGUGUAAAUCAGGGACCUUUAAAGAUACUUGUAGGCGUAUUUUGUUACCAGGCUAGCUGUUUCCCUGUUUCUAGGCCUUAUGCUAAGCUACGCUAACCCUAUCCUGGUUGUAACUCACAGUGGUAUCAAUCUUUUCGCCUCUCUGAGAAAGCAUAAAAUGUCAAAUUAUUCCUUUAAAUAGCAAACCUUUUGCUUAGGUCACGUUAAAUGAGAACUUGGUUAGAUGCUUACCAUUUCCUCACGCUUAAUUUCUGUGAUUUAUUUUUUUUUUUUUACUUGCGAGCUCAGUGCCCGUCCACAGUGUUACGGGCCUCAGUCAAUGUGAAUCAGUUUACAUUGCCUCUGAAGGAUAGUGAAACACUAUUUAACGCCACCGUCCCUGCACCAGUUCUUGGACAUACAAUCCCAAUCCAACCAGAAUACACAGGUAUAUGUUGUCCACAUUUGCAUAUUUCUUUGAAUUGAAGUGCUACUGUGUAACUGGGAGGAAAAAAUGUUUCUAUAUCUGUGCUGUUCUUUAUGUUUCAGUGUUUUAUGAGGGGAGAGAGCAGUCACAAUUUAGUUUGCCUUUGGUGGAGAAAUGUCUUGUGUUGUGGCUGUGGGUAGAAAUAACAGAAGGCCUCUUAUGGGUUUUUGAAUGUGACAUGAGAAAAAUUUGAUAGCAUAAAAGGUUUGUGGUUAGCUUAAAACUAUUUUGAAUUGUUAGAUAUAUCAAUAAUGAGGAUAAAUAUAAUGCCAAAUAUUCAGUAUUUGUACAGAAAUAUACAUAUAUAAAUAUAUAAUAUAUGCCUAAUUUAAAUGGAACUAUUUUCCGCUCUUGACCAUGUUUUUGUUGUUUAACGUUCCUUUGUCAACAUUAUUUUAUAAGAUCUUCAGAUAGCAUGCAGGAUAGUGAAAAUGAAUGUAUUAUUUAGUGUUUCAUUGCUGUUCAGUAUUACAGCAUUCUACAGAUCAGUUUGUGUUUGUAAGAUUACUUUAAGCUGAAUAUUUCAUUUCUAGAUUUGUUUACCUAUAAAUGAAUUGUAAACUUUCUUUUCUAAAUGCAAGAUUUUGAAAUGGUUUCAACAAUUUAUAUCAUUUUAUUAUUUUCCUGCUUUAUCAAUGUGGUUCAGUAUAUUUUGCCUCUUCUAAGUACUGCUAUCAACCAUCUGUUGUAAAUAAUUAUGCAAAUUAAACUUUUUGAAGAAAACGA